GUAGAGUCGUUGAUUGAGUAGCUGGAGUUCCAGACAUUGCUCUGCAGUGUCAAAACCUGUAAAAUUUUUUUUUAACCUGUAAACAAUUUAUUUUAUUCAAAAAUUACUCGUGGAAAUGUUUUAAUCGGUUUUAUUACAUGAGAAUUGGGCGAACGAAAGCGAGAGUGUUUUUACCCGAGCAGCCUACGAGCUAUAGGAAAAGAGUACGGUAAGCGAGUAGGCGGGGGGUGGUUAGACACGCCGCACAACGAGAACGAAGCGAGAACGGCUCUCCGCACCGUGUUAUUAUGAGCAGCCAGCAUUUAUGCGUACUAGCGAGUAGGCGCGGGGUAGAGGUAAACCGAACGCAACGAGAACGAAAAGGAACGGCUCCCCUCGUACCAUUGCAACGAAGCAAAGAGUCGUUUUGCGUGUAAGCGAGUAGGCGGGGAGUGGUUACGGGCCGAAUACGACGAGCCGGUUGCAUUGUAACAGGCAACCAACUGAUAAGAAAAAUAUUUCGAUCGAAUGAAAAGGCAGAUGGUUUGGCUAUUGUGCUUUGCGUUGAGUUGUGAAAUAUGUUGAAAUGUGCUUGAUUGUUGAAAUGUGAAUUUUUUUCGUGAUUUUUUGGCAAUUAUUACGGUAAAUUGCGAUCGGUGGUGAAUAAAAAGUAAUUUUUCGUGUUCGUGAUCGUAUUUGCGGUUCGAUUAAGGUGAGAAAUUUUGAAUUACGGUGAUUUUUCGCGAAAUGAGCAGCUUCGUGCAUGUUUGGUGUUGGAAAAUUUUGUAGCAGAAAUAUUCUUGCCGAAAUUUGAGUAAGUCCAGUUUAAAAUAAUAUUAAUACGCGAUUUUCUAUGUUCAUAGCCGAGAAGUAUUGUGUUUCGUACAUCUGGAGCGUGUAAUUAGCGGAAAAUCGUGGGAAUUUCAAAAAUCGAGAAGCUCUCGUCGCGUGUGUCUGCUAAAAGAACAAAACGAGCAGCAACGUGGUGAAAGCUGAGGUUGGAAAUUCCUUUGAGUUGCCAGAAAGCUUUUCUCGACUAGUAGGUGCGAUCUCGAUUGGACGAAGCUUUUAUUGGAAAGCUGAUUAUUGGACGGAGUGUUAUUUUUUGAUCGUUUGAUGAGAAUUAUUGACGCUGGAAAAAAGCUGAAGAAUUCGACGUGGUAAUUGAAGUCGAUUCGUGUGACGAAGUUUUUUGACGCUGAAAAAUAGCUAUUUUUUGACUUAAGAAGAUGGCGAUGAAAGGCGAUAAGCCGCAGCAACCUGAUUGGGAUGAUACCGACGAGAGUAGCGAUUCUGAAAGCGAUUCGGAGACGGAAGCCACACAUUAUAGAAUUUUUCGGUGUCAGAUAUGUGGUAAGCCGAUUGGUGAAGGGCCAAAAAAGAAAAAAUCGAAUACAACGGCGUUCGCGGUCUCGUGUGGGCACCAGUUUCACAAAAAGUGCCUGAAGAAAAAGAAAGCAGAGUUACCGUGCGAUUGCUUCGUGAAUGGCUGCCAGAAAAAUGGCAGAGUCGAUCCCGAGACAUGGCGGAAAUUACGCGGCGGUACUACCGAGGUGUCGAAAUGCGCUGAAGAAGAAAAGGAUUCCUUGCGCGAGCGGUUAGUAAAAGAAAUGCGGCAAAAUACCUUGCUGAUUGAGCAAAACGAGUCGCUGAUUCAGUCGUCGAGAGAGUCGCCGCGUGCUGAAGCCGAGCAAAUUCGAGUUGAGUUAAACUGCGCAAAGACCGAAAUAGAGCAGCUCAAGGCGGAAUUAGCAGAGGUACAGCAAAGAGCUGCGACGUUGGUGGUACAGAACGAUGCGCUGUUGCUCGCGAGUCAAGGUCCAAGAGAUUGGUCAGUCGAGGAACUCUCUGAGGAGGCUUUUGCAGCCGAGGCGGAGAGACGUGGUUUUGAGUCAUCGCUAGACAGACUGAACCGAGAAGAACGCGACCGGCGCUACCGGCAGUUUACGGAGAAAAUCGAAGAAAAUAACAUGAACUUCGACGAGGCGCUGCAAGCGAUAGACCGACAAAGAGUAUUCACGCAGGUCGACAGUGCACGGAUGAUGGUUUUAAUCGACAUCGACAGAGAGGCGUUGGACAAAGAAGUUAGAUUAUCAGAGGUUCUCGAUGGAAUUAGCGUGCUACCGUCAUUGACAGGUAUCGAGCAGCCGACGAUGCAAAGGAUGAUUGAACUCAAUAGACGUCUCGAGCAGCUCGAAAUUAGCUAUGAUGACGUGUUCGAGGUAGUCAACGACGAGGCGGAACGAGCUCGCUUAGAAGCGAGGAAGUCGCUGCAAAAGAAAGAAACUACGAAACCAGCGGCGAAAGCGGUAGUUGAGAAGCCUCAAAAGACCGAAGAGAAACCAUCGACGUCGAAAGAGAAGCGGUCCUCGGUCCCGAACACACCAGACGUAAACCUGGACGGAAUCGAGACGGACGGUAAGAGUAACGACGGUGAAAGCCCUCGACCUGACGAUGAGCGUGCGAAAAGAGAGUCACGUAAAAGAACGAGUACAGAGUCGUCUAAAGAGAGCUCUUCGCCAAAAAGCCCUAAGCUAGAGGAUGUUAUACCUGAUUCGGUUAUUUAUGCUUCGCUAAAAAUCUGUUUAGAAAGAGCAGCGCGUGGAGACCUUAAAGAAAGAAUUCAAGGGAUACUCGACUCAUACAGCGAAACGUCAACGGUAAAGACUGAGACGCCUCAAGAUUCCGAAAACGUAGUCAAAAAAUCGAUACUCGAGGCGCGGGUGAAAGAUCAAGAACGCACGCCGAUUACGACGCAGCAACAACGGCCGCGGUACGCCACGCCGAAUACUCCGGCGUCCGAUUCAGCGAGUCGAUCGCAGCGAAGCACGAGCGAGUCACGGAGGCGCGAUACGAGCACGGGUGACUCCUCGUCCAAGAAGACGGAUGUAUCGAGUAGCUCGCGUGGAUCGAGAGUAAGCGGCGUCGAGUCGAUCGAAAAGAAGCGGUCGCCAUCGAGGAGCUCGUCCAGCGAUUCGGAGUCAGAUUCGUCCGAGUCAACGCCACCGAAGAAGUCUAGAAAGUCGAAAUCGUCAAGAAAGCGAGCAGCGACGAAACGCAAGUCGACUUCGAAAAAUAAAGCGUCACCGAAGAAGAAAAAGAUUACGUCGACAAAAAAGAAACCGGCGACAAAACGUAAACCGGCGACGACGAAACCGGCGGUAAAGCGUAAACUCCCAGUAGCGAAAGACGAGACGCCGGAAAUACCGCCGGAAGGAGUGAAAACUCGUAGCCAGACGCGAAGCGAGUCGAAAUCGGUGGAGGAAGGUGAAGUUACCCAAUCUAGCCAAGAAACGCUCGAGCUUGCGGCAGAUGCGAGUGAAUUUGAGGAGCAGCCCGAAUCAAGACCACCGUUACCGAACGUACCGGCACCCGAGCAGCCGCCGCCCCCGAGCCCAGAGCGAGUUCUCCAGGACCAGCAGCCUGGUCUAGCGCAGUUAACGCCGGGCGAACGGGCGCAGCGCGCCUUUCAAGAACGAGAGCGCGAGUGUAGACGAAACAUGGAAAUAGCGUUGCGACAUCACGACCGAGAAGCCGCUAGAGUACGUGAAGGAAGAAUGGAUCUCGGACCAAUAGAAGAUUAUUUCGAGCCGCUGGAAAAUUGCCCGCCGCCACCAGCGCCAGUAUGGCUGAUGGCCGAGUUUCGGUACGAGCCGCGCGGUGAGAGAUACGUUCGAGGUAUGUUUUUCCCGGUCACGCGCGACACGAUUCAACAGUCGAUGCAGAGCCGAGGAAUUUUGAUCAACAAUGAGUUAACGGUACGAGAUGACUUGUAUUAUCAGAGAGACGGCGGGGCUUGGAUUCUGGGCCGAGUAUACCGUGGAGGCGCUACGUACUACGUAAUAAACUCGUUCGUCGUCAUCGGAGAUGCUCUCGCGCAUGCGGUGGUAAGUGAGGUGAUCUACCAAAACGUAGCGGCGAGGCGAGCGUGGAGUGUGCACCCGCUCGCGGGCUCACGAAUUCCAAUUACCACCAUGUGCAGAAACCUACGAAGCUUGGUCCAGCGGGCGCCGCAGCGAGUGGUGAUGUCGGCGGGGCAGUUUUGCAUGGAGUCACAGACGUUCGAAAUUGUAACCGAGAGAAUCCUCGAACUUUGGCGCGCGAUGCAUCGGCGGGGUACGCGACACAUUUUGAUGGUGCCUCCGCUGACGUGGCCGCACUGCCCGGAAAUACGCGUCCGAAUACGGGAUUUUCUACGGCAAGGACCGACGAGAGCAGAGUUCGAUGGUAGAUACGUAUAUAUGGAGGCAUUAGAAGAAACGAUCGAGAGAUGCCCUCCAGCGACGUUCCGUGGUGAGACGCCGUAUUUGAACGAGCACCAAGCGUCGGAGGCGUUAGUCAGGAUAUUUGAAUACGCAACGGUCGAGCGGAGAUGGGGGUACGGUCAGUUUCCGCGGGAGCAGGAUCCGCCGCGUCCGGUGGAGCAGCUCCAAGCAAACCAACUUCAACGUAUCGAGGAGAUGUUGAGGCAAGACCGUGCAGCCUUGGCGGCACAUGAACGAAGGAACGUCCGCGAGCAGCUGGAACGAGAAGUACACGAGAGAGAGCUGAUCGAAAGAGUGCAGCGACAGAUGAGACACCUUCCUGGCGCCGAUCGUCAAUUACUGCCCGAGCGAGCCGCGCAGUUGGUCAACGAGGUGAACCGACAGAUGCCUGAGCCGCCGCAGCAGCCGCAAGCUGGACCGAGUCGCCAGCAGCCGGCACAAGAAGGAAGACAGUUACAGGUGGCUAUACCACGAGCACCUGGAUUGGCCGGAUUUGGACGAGGUCGUGGCAGGCUGGCGGAGAGACGCGAGCGAAUGCGAUUGGAGGCGGAGGAAGAAAGACAAAACCCUCAGAACGAACAGAACCAGAAUGAUGGCAGAGAAGCACGCUAAAAUGCGGUGAAAAUUUUUCGAAGAGUCGCCUCUGUCUAUUUAGUUUUGUUUUCUCGAUGUAAAAUUUGUCUCAUGCGCGAUUCGUGGCAGUAUUACGAGUAGUGAACGAAAGUAGUUCCAAAAAUUGUAAAUUUUUUUUCCCUCUGAUGUUGUAUUUUUAUUUUUCUCGAUCGUGGUCUCAAAUUUUUUUUUUAUUAUUAUUGUUGUUUAUUUUCUGAUGUAAUUACGAGUAAGCUCCUCGAGGAAAAGAGAAUUUUUCGAGUAGAGCAGUUUUUUUUGGUAUUUGUUGUUUAUACUAUUGUUUUGUUGUUUUUUGUUUCUACCAUUUGCCAAAUUAAAAGAUGAAGUUUUGUUUAUUGAAUUUUGAGGCGUGCUAAUAAGUAGAGUAUGCCGAAAUGUAAAUAAGUGUGAAUUUGUGUGUGAAUUUGUGCAGGCAAAUGAGUAGUUUAGUUUACGAAAGCAAUGUUGUUUGUGAAUUGUUUUUUGGAAUUAAUUAAGAUCAUUGAGUAACCAAAUAUACGAGGCGAAAUUAGUUAUGUUCUGUGAUAAAAUAAAAACUUACGUGUUGGAAUAGACGGUGUUUUUAUUUGUUGUGAAUAUCACCAUUCGAGAAAUUGAGUAUUGGAAUAACGAUCUUGAGUAGCUCGAAAAUACCUCAGAGGUACCUGCGAAAAGAAAAACGAAGAACAAAGUACAAAGUUUUUCUUUAAUUUAAGCAAUAAAGAAGUAAAAAUAUUACGUCCCGUGAUAGGUAUCGAUGAGCAGCUUCAAGCAAUCGUACGAGUAACUGGGAGUAAUCACGUGAGUAGCUGGAAUUGAGACGUUUAAACUGGUCCAGACGGGUCGAGUGCCAGCAUCUGUGAAAAUAAAGAGUUAGCACUCGGAGGUAAAUUAUGAGUAGAGAUAUGAGUAGUUACCUGAGUCUGACUCCAGUGAGAAGAAUUCCAGCGAGAAUCUGAAACAUAAAGCAGAAAAAGAGCAAGAUUAGUGAGAAGCUCACCUGAGUAGUGUCACAGGUUCCAGGUCAGAUUAAUGAAGCAAUCCAGAGCUCCAGACAAGAUUCCAAUCCAAGGAUGGUGUAGAAUUAAGGUUAACAUAGUAAUGUAAUUAGAUUAUGAUUGCAUGUAAACAUGUUUAGAUAUGUUAAUCUUAAGUUCGCGUAUUGUUAUAAGAUUCUGCACGAGUAGCCAGAUAGGGUCUGAUAGGGUCUUAGGACGAGUAGGCCACAUCUGUGAUACGAGGCGGGGCAGGGGGAGCCCAAGUACUCUACGAGACGCUGAGUAGGCCUCUUUAGGCUGCGUAUCCAGACGGGCCCCCGAGCUAUACCCAGCCGGGGCAUUAUGUAGAGGGUACUUGGGACUCCAUGUUACCACUCUACAGUGGUAAUUUGAUGCCCAGGCAGGCGGCAACACUGCAACCGGUACAGCGCCAUCUGGUGUACUGGUUCAGUGGAGACGACGGCCGAGAUUGCCGAAGCGAGCCGCCUUGCAGUUUUCUAACCAUCUUCAUAAAGAGUAGUAAUAAGUUUAACGCUGGCUUAUGCCAACUCUGUCUGUUAGGAAACGCCUCAUCACCAGCAGAAUCUUUCGUGUAAACGAAUGGUAUUGAAUAGUUAUCGUAGUAACGUUCUUAUUCACUGUACAUCAAAUGAGAGAUAUAAAUAUAUGGUGAAACGUA